AUGGAUGGUUCACGGGUGACAGAGAGUCUAGACUCUCUUUGGUUCUACACUAACGUCUUUACUGCAUCAACACAUGAACAUGCUGCACCUUCUUUGACUAGUCCAUUUUCACCAGCACUUGAAGAAGAAGUGGUGAGAAAAUCUGUGAGGGAAUCAGAGAAGAAAGAGAGGAGAAAGAGGAGGAAGAAGACGGUUGCAAUUGUUAAGCAGCAAAAUGAAAUGCCUCCAUUAGAAGAUGAUGUGGCAAUGAAACAACAUCUCAAGUCAUGGGCUUAUGCUGUUGCAUCUCAUGCACUCUCAAAUAAACCUAUUUCUAAGGUUAAGCUUAUGAACUCUCUAGUUUAA